AUGGAAACUCAAGAAGCUUUUGUUUACACUCUCAUCUCCAUCCUUCUUUCUCUCCUAUUAUUAUUUUGGAGAUUCCUAUGGCUGUCUUACAUUGCGGUUACGUCUACGCCUACGCCACAGCUGACCAGCCACUCUCUGACGGCUGAAAGCGACGAAACUGAGUUUAUGUCGUAUAUGGUCCGUAAGUCCAAGACCGUCAAUAAGGCACUCGACGAGGCCGUUCCACUUGGCGAACCAGUACUCAAGAUCCGUGAGGCCAUGAGGUAUACGCUUCUCUCCGACGGCAAACGCGUAAGACCAAUGCUUUGUUUGGCUGCAUGCGAGCUCGUGGGUGGCCAUGAGGCAACCGCAAUGCCUUCUGCAUGUGCAGUUGAGAUGAUCCACGCGUCGUCUAUCAUCUUAGACGACCUCCCUUGUAUGGACGACGACAGCCUCCGCCGCGGAAAACCCACCAACCACAAAGUAUUUGGCGAGGAUAUAGCCAUCUUGGCCUCGGUUGCACUCAUGGGUUUGGCCGUCAAACAGACCUCUUCAUCCACUGGUGCUCCUCCAGAGAGGGUUCUCCGGGCUGUUCAGGUGAUGGCGCAAGCGGUGGGAACAGAAGGACUCGUUGCGGGACAAGCUGAGGAUCUUGCCGGAGAAGGGAUGAGCUUCGAGGAAAAUGAUGAAGCGGGGCUGAAACAUCUUGAGUUUAUACAUAUCCAUAAAACGGCGUCGUUGCUUGAAGCUGCUGCGGUGGUGGGAGCCAUAGUGGGAGGUGGCUCUGAUGAUGAGAUUGAGAGGCUUAGGAAAUACGCGAGAUGUAUUGGACUGAUGUUUCAAGUGGUGGAUGAUGUGCUCGAUGUGACUAAGUCGUCAGAGGAGCUGGGGAAAACCGCUGGUAAAGAUGUGAUGGCUGGGAAGCUGACGUAUCCGAAAGUGAUGGGAGUGGAGAAGUCGAGAGAAUAUGCAGAGAGGUUGAACAGAGAAGCCAGAGAGCAUCUUCGUGGGUUUGAUUCAGACAAGGCAGCUCCUCUUUUGUUUCUGGCUGAUUACAUUGUCAAAAGACAAAAAUGAUAUG